UGGCAUCACAGUUUGUAAAUUAAACAUGCUUUAUGUGCGUCACAUGGACGAAGAAAGUAUAUUUUUCAAUUAAAAUUUUGUUGUGUGGUUAAAUAAAAUGUUAGAGAUAAACAAAGCAGCAGUUGGAAUUGCAGCAGGAGUAGCAGGAACGCUUUUUAUAGGAUAUUGUAUUUAUUUUGAUAGUAAACGUCGUGGCGAUCCAGACUAUAAAAAGAAAGUUAGAGAGCGCAGACGAAAAAAUCGCAAAAAUGGGAAUUCAUCCAGAAGUGGUAUGCCCAAUUUAAACGAUCAUGAAGCAAUUGAAAGAUAUUUCCUCCAAGAGAUUCAAAUGGGAGAGACGCUAAUUGCGAGAGGCGACUUUGAGAACGGCGUUGAGCAUUUAGCAAAUGCACUUGUUGUGUGUGGACAACCUGCUCGAUUAUUGCAAGUAUUGCAAACUACAUUGCCAGCUCAAGUAUUUGCAAUGCUUAUUUUAAAGAUGCAAGAAUUUGGUAAUAGAUCUAGCUCAGAAUCUAACGAGACACCAAAAAUUGUUACCUCGAAUCCUUCAGGUCAUGAAAUGCCAUUAGGUGCAAUGGAAAGUUCUUCGAGUGGAAUAAUGAUUGAUGACCUUGAAUAAUUUGAACGUAUGGGCUUAUAAAAAAAUCUGACAAUUUUUAUAUAUUUCAUUGAAUUUCAUGUUAUUUUUUGUAGAAAUAUAUUGUUUGUUGGAUUUAAAAUUAAAAUAAUAACAAAUUAAUUGUUAUUUUCAAUUUUUGUGAGCACAA